AUGGCGAUGAGGAGCGAGGCCAGAGUGGAGGCAGAGGUAGAGGAGGAAGAAAACUUUGGGCCACAGCCUUUGUGCAGACUAGAGCAAUGUGGAAUCAGUGCCAGUGACAUCAAGAAACUGGAGGAUGCAGGUUUCCACACUAUCGAAGCGGUGGCCUACGCACCCAAGAAGGAGCUGCUCAACAUCAAAGGCAUCAGUGAGGCCAAAGCUGAUAAAAUCCUGACUGAAGCUGCCAAGCUGGUGCCGAUGGGUUUCACUACAGCUACAGAGUUCCACCAGAGGAGAGCCGAAAUCAUUCAGAUCUCUACAGGCUCCAAAGAGCUCGACAAACUCCUGCAGGGUGGGAUCGAGACGGGCUCCAUCACAGAGAUGUUUGGAGAGUUUCGGACGGGGAAGACCCAGCUGUGCCACACACUGGCUGUCACUUGUCAGUUACCCAUUGAUCAGGGGGGUGGAGAAGGUAAAGCCAUGUACAUUGACACAGAGGGAACCUUCAGACCAGAGAGACUCCUCGCUGUGGCAGAGAGGUACGGGUUGGUAGGCAGCGAUGUUCUGGACAAUGUGGCCUACGCCCGAGCCUUCAACACAGACCAUCAGACACAGCUGCUGUAUCAAGCCUCCGCCAUGAUGGCUGAGUCCAGGUAUGCUCUGCUGAUAGUGGACAGCGCCACAGCUCUGUACAGAACAGACUACUCAGGCAGAGGGGAGCUGUCAGCCAGGCAGGGACACUUGGGACGUUUCCUGCGCAUGCUGCUCAGACUGGCAGACGAGUUUGGCGUUGCCGUGGUGAUAUCCAACCAGGUGGUAGCACAGGUGGACGGGGCAGCCAUGUUCUCCGCAGAUCCCAAGAAACCAAUCGGUGGCAACAUUCUGGCUCACGCCUCCACUACACGUCUGUACCUGAGGAAAGGCCGAGGAGAGACGAGGAUCUGUAAAAUCUACGACUCCCCCUGCCUGCCAGAGGCCGAAGCCAUGUUCGCCAUUAACGCUGACGGAGUGGGCGACGCCAAGGACUGAGCAAGCAGAGGCAGGAAGCAGCGAGGUGGUGCUAAAUGUUCGCUUCACACCUGCUAUAACUCAACCUUCAGACUCCAGCGCUGCAUGUGCCACCUCCACCCUAAACAAGCCUCAGACUGACGGUUCACACAGGCAUGAAGGUGAUGAGUUACACCAUGUGGACUGAUGCUGAUUGAAGCAGAGUGGAUGAGAUGAUCUGACCUCCUGGAGCUCAACAGCAAGAUGGAACGUUUCAUAGAGAAGCACACUGCACUCACCAAAGAAGAAAAAAAGCUCCAGGUCUGACUUUAGUUUGUCAUAAUUAUAAAAUCCUUAUCUCAUAAUUAUAACCUAGUAUGUCACAAUUAUAAAAAGUAUUCAUCUUUAUAAUUAUGAGAUCCACAAUCUCAAAAAAAGGUCUCAUAAAUAUUUGUAUGGUUACAAAAACUAUUAAACAUGUCACUAAAACUGUCUUAUAAUGAAUUAUGAUAAUUGAAGUCAUAAUUAAACAGUCAGCAUAGUUUUUCUUUGGUGAGUGCAGCGAGUGCUCUUCAGGAGUUUCAUGUACUGAGUGGUCAACAAAUAUAAAUGUAAAAAGUGUUUUAAAUAGGUAGAGAUCUUUUUGUUAACUGUUGGGAUCUUUCAGUGAU